AUGCAGCACGCCGGUAAAUACUACAGGGCUCGCCUCGGCGUUGGCCGACUGUCUUCUGGCAUAACAAGGAGGUGGCUGCAAGCUAACGUUCUCGUACGGGAGGAACACGGCGAGUACUGUCUGCUGUGCUAUGCUGUGGUGAUUUAUCAUCACCAGCAUUACUAUGAAGCGCAGAUUUUCCUCCAGGAAGCCAUCGAGCGUGUGGCAACGGCAUUUUCGGUUGAGCCACACAGAGUCGUGCCUCUGCAGUUGAGACCCGACGACCGCGAACCAACAAGAUGCACUAUUUGGACAUUCACGAUUCGCGGCAUUCUGUCUCAUGACAUCUUGGGUCAAAUGCGAGAAAUGUUCGAACACUCCAAAGAUGCAUUUGGAGAAUGGCGUUUCGGAAGCAGAAAGGUGCACCUGGAACCCAUCGUCACCGGCUUACCAGGGGUGCUCAACGACGUCUCUUUCCAAAUCCUUCCCACAGUAUGGCAACGCCCAGGGGUCGAUGCAGAAUGGGAGCAAGAAGCGGAAUUGUGGAUAAAGCUUCGCAACUUUAAGUGGUUGGAGGAGCUGAGAAGUAGUGUAAGUCAAUUUGAACGACGGCUACUGAAUGUCCGCGAUGCAGUUGCCUCAGCAAUGAAGAUGAAAGACCCUAGAGCUCUUCAGGUGGCCAAGUACUACACGACGUCUGACGGGACAAUAAUCCGAAUGACGCCUGCAACUCCUGAUAGAAAAGAACAUAUUGAGCAGUUGAAGAGUUUUCUUUUGGCGUUUGAGGAAGGAAAAUUGAACGAAAAGCUUCCGGAGCUUGCUAAGGACUUUUGGCCCAUUCGAAACCCCGAAACAGGGAAGCCCCAGCAGCUACCCGCUUCAAGCUCUACUACCAGCACUUCGACGUCGACACCCCCUGCUUAUCGCGUGGUUGUCCGUCGGCAUGAUCAUUCGUACGACAUUCCCAAGGCGCCACUGGUUGUAGAGAAGGAGACGACGCCUUCAAAAAACCAGUUUCCGGUAACGGGAAUUGCUAUUGUUGUGGCGUUGCUGGUGGUUCUUCUGAGUUUACUCGGCUUGUGCAUCUUCUGCUGCCGUCGUCGACGCAAGGCCACUUCCAAGUCUGCCAAGCCUGCCGGUUCUCCUGCAGCCACUGGUUCAGUCAAGGCCAAAGCUGGCAGCAGCGCGUGCACGGCUACCACUAACGCCCGUCAGCAGCAAGCAGGAGGUGCAGCGUUAACGUCUUCAUCCAAAAGAAAGGGAUACGCUGGGUCAGUGUUGCUAGACCUAAACAUACCCACUUCUGCUUCACAGGCAGAAGGGGACAACGUUAUAGCGGAUAUGCUGCGACAGGAUACUAUCGCGAGGGAAAGGCCUUGGAAACGAAUGCUCAGGAGCUGGAUAUUAGUCUCCUGCGUUGGCGGGGAAGAAAUCCACUGGCAGAUUUCUCUCUGGUGCUGA